GUGGCGGCUAAGAAUACCGAAGCAUGCGCCGGUGGAAUGUGUGGCAAGUAGAUGAAAACGGUAGCGAGGUCCUGAGGGGGAUCAGAGCGGCAGAGAGGGGACACGCUGGGCGGAGGAGCUAUAAGAGGCGUCGGGAGGAGGGACCAGGCGGGAGAUCGCAAUCGGCUAACAAUGGGAGCAAAUCCAUCAUGGCCAACUUGAAAUCCCAUCUGCUGGCAAGAUCAACUUGUCUGCGAGGGAUCGGUCGAUGAGAGGAUGCACCAGGCGACGGACAGGCGAAGCGAGCCACACAGACGCCGCAGAGGCGCCCGCGCGCGCCAUGCAAAACCUGCUCCAACAUGGACUUCGCGAUCGCGAUCGGGCGCGCACUGCAGCGCCAAAGCCCUCUACUGCUACCGCCCGCCCGCAACGCCAGCGGCAGCCGAGCAACCGCAGGCCUCACUGCGGUCGCGUCGUCUGUCGUCUGUGCUGGACGGCCUGUUCUUGUGCUGCUGCGCCGGGGCUGCUCGCAGCGUCAGUCAAGUGGCACCACCAGCGUCUCGCACCGCAGCAGCAGCCGGACACGCCAACCCCACACGCCUCCUUGCUAGGCCGCCCUCUAACACGCUGCAGCCGGCGUCUAUCGUUUUAUCGUUUGGCCGUCCCAAACAGACGUCCCAAACAGGCUGGUGCGUCCCGCGCGCGAGGUCACGUUGGCCUGUCUUCCCCGACGCCCUCCGAGCGCCCCUCGAACGCGUUCCUGCGCCCUAUGCCUUGACAGCAUUCGGCGCCGGACCUCUUGAGCCUGCGCCGAUGGAAACCCGAAUGACCCUUAUAUGCCCGCUCGUCGCGUCGCCCUGGAUGGCGCCUCAGUCUCCAUGCCCUGGCAACCGUCGCCAGCUGAACACGUUCCGCACCUUCUGGAACCUCGUCCAGUAUCCGAGCUCCAUACGGACUCACGGCCUGAACGCUUUGCUUGCCAGUGUCCACUCAUACAGUAGCCCCAAAGUGCUCCAGUAG